UCCUGUGGCGACUGGCAUGAAAUGAUCGCGAGUGACUUGGCAAUGUGUACGUGUAAAUAUAUUUUAUUGUUUAUAUUUUGCAUUUUUUCAAGCCAUGAUGUGCAAAAUGAAAUAAUAAUUUGACUUCGUAGAAGGACGAGACAUACAAAAUUUUUUUUCACGCUUAUGAGAAAAUGUACGACAUAUGUCAUCCUAGUUAUUAUCAUUUAUGCAAACUUGGCUGUAACGAUCCUGUGAAAACAAGUACCGCCUUUUAUGUCUACAUUGAACUGUGCGAAGUAAAACGAUACUGGGAUGUCAAAUAUAAGUAUAAGGAGGAACUUGAUCUAUUUUAUCUCGAAGUAAAAAAACGAGAGCAUUCUUCACUGGAAAUCUAUAUACCUUGGCCAACCAAGUACAGCAUUUCCAUUGAUAAAAUUGAGAAAAUGCAACAGGCAUUACAAAAUGAACGAUUGACAUUUGUAUUUAAAUCUGAGGAUAGCAGCAGUGUUUUGUAUACAAUAAGCGCGGGGCUUAUAAAACCAGCGGCACCAGAAGCAACUAAACAACUGAAAGAAAAAGAAGAAAAGAAAUAUAAUUUGGAGACAGAGAUUCGCAGGAAUACAUCAAAUUUAUAUGAAUUAGCAAAAACUAUAGUUUUUGCUCAUGAAACAAAAGAUCAAAAUACUAGUUCUGGUCCAAGUGUUAUUGUAGAAUCUUCAAAUACUGAUUCUAGUUUGGAGAUAUUAUGAUAUUUUUU